CCACAUGAGGAGGCGCACUUUAUAGUAUAAUUUAUAGGUGACGACUUCGAUUUUAAGUUUGGGAGCUCCUCCUGCCGCGGCAUUGCUGUUUGCAGGACAGAUCAUCAGGAGCCUUGGAUGAUUGAAUUGAAGCAGGGUGGUCGUGAAAGAAUAGCAAUAGUGACAAACUUCUAGCUCUUGGUUGCCCCUCAGAGGCUACUUUGUUGCUUCUCACCCGCCGCCUUUGAGAAGCGAAUGCAACAUCUAGAAUUUGCCGAAAUGAGUAUGGCACCCACUGACGUUGCAGAUGCUCCUUUGUUCUCCUUCGGGGUGGUGGCAGACAUCCAGUAUGCAGAUAAGGAGAACGGAUCAUAUGAAUCGCAAGUUCAGCGCUAUCGAGAAGCACCGGGCAAGUUUGAAGAAGCUGUCCACUAUUUCAACUCAAGGAAAGAUGAGCUUCUGUUUCUGCUCACAUUGGGUGACAUCAUCGACGGCAACGUCACACCCGAGAAAACAGAAGAAGACUUCAAGGUUGUUCUUGGAGUCCUGGACAAGCUGCAGAUCCCUGCACACCACCUCCUAGGGAACCACUGCCUCAGUCUGCCAAGGGAACGGCUCCUUAAGGACCUGAAAAUGCCGGCGCGUUACAGCCAACAUAAGCUACCGCACAAGUGGCGCCUGGUUAUACUGGAUACGAUGGACGUUAGCGUUAGGUGGCCGGAGGGCUCACCCAACAGACAAGCGGCCGCAGAGUUCAUGGAGAAGCACCCGCUCGGUCCUGAGAACCCGCACGCGUCCAUCUGGAACGGCGGCGUCGGAGCGGAGCAGCUCGCGUGGCUGACGGAGGCUCUGCAAAGUGCAGAAAGGUUGGGGGAGAAAGUGAUCGUCUGUGCUCACCAUCCCCUUGUGGCUGGUUCCGCCGCUCCUACGCACCUCGUCUGGAAUCACGAAGAGGUCGCAGAGGUCUUGGAGCGAUCACCUGCCGUUGCUGCUUACUUCUGUGGUCAUUACCAUAUUGGCGGCUACGCUCAACCAAAGCGAGUGCAUUACUGCACUUUUGAAGCGAUUCUAGAGGCCCCGACCGACGAGGUUGCACAUGCUGUUGUACGCGUCUUUCCGGACAAGCUGGUCAUUGAGGGGCAAGGAACGGUGACAUCAAGAACGUUACAAUUCUGACCAGAGCGUUGCAAUCAUAGAUUGAAAGAAGGCAAAAGAUUGAAAAUGCCACAGUCCAUGUGAGUACCGCACGCGUGUUGAAUAAGUAGGCUCUACUUUCAAGCAUGACCUGUGAAUUUCACGCAAAAUUCUCAGUUCACACGCAUUGGCCAGUGACAGAAACUGCACAUGCAAGCGGCGCCUAGUCUCUGAUCUGGAUGUCAAAGACUACGAGUUCACAAAACAUUUGGACUUGACACCUCCAUCAGUGUUUAGAGCUCGCAGCCUCGGGCCAAUUCAAGCG